AUGGAGUUGGCCAGGCCCGCGACACCUGGUGGGAUCAUCGUUACCAGCCACAAGAGUAUUCCGACCAACCUUAGGAAGAGAAACUUUUCUCUUUCUUCUCGGGGCCUGCGGAAGGCUAUUGAGCAUCUUCCUUCUCUUAACAAGCGACGGCUACGACUCGAAAAAUAUGUAUUCUUGUCUAUCUUUUUCUCGAUAAACUUUACCCUCAUCUACAUGUCAAUGUACAUCUCUAAGUUCUAUUGGAUACUACUUCCGAUAUAUUUCCUCAGGCCACUGAUUGACGUCGUCGAAAUUUUGACAAUAGUGAUCGCUUAUCCUACCAGAAGAGCAAACGCACGCCAACCUAAAGCCCCAGAAACGUUGGAGAAUCUCGUUUAUCUGCUUCCAUGUUACAAUGAAACGUAUACAGAGUUGAUGAACUCGUUGAACUCCCUCGCCGAGCAAAAACAUCUCGAUACCCACAACAAGGCCAUCAUCAUCGUUUGCGAUGGGCGAUGCAAGGGCAAGGGCAUGACAAAGACCACAGCGGAACAUCUUACGCAGGACGUCAUUGAGCGUCCAUCAAUCACUCUUGCCCGAGAGGCUUACACGUCAUGGGAUGGUAGCCAAAUGAAUGUUGAGGUUGUUCAAGGCGAAUUCAGAGGGCUGCCGGUUUUCUGCAUCAUCAAAGAAGAGAAUCGCGGGAAAAGAGAUGGCAUUAUUCUUGUUCGAUCAUUCCUGCACAAGUUCAACCUACGCAAUACGAAACCAUCCGCCGGCAUCCUCGCACCUUGGUUCCUCGCUCAAGUUUCUGAUUUCCUCAUUAAAGUCUCGAUGCUGUCUGUGGAAUACGUCGUUGGCAUGGAUGCGGAUACCCGAUUUGACGCAGAGUGCGUCCUUAACCUCAUACAAACGGCGAGAGAAGGCGAACAGGUGGUUGGAGUAAGUGGCUACGUUCUCGCAGACUUUACAACGUCCAAGCCAUACUCCAUUCCGUAUCUUUAUCAAAACGCAGAGUACGCUAUCGGACAGCAUCGCCGGCGCCUUCGGCAAGACCUCACUAGCAGAAAGGUCACCUGCCUUCCAGGAUGUUGUCAGCUUCUUCGAGUAAUUGAGAGUACUUGCGGAGAUGAAAUACUAGGGCAGUUUGGGUACUAUCCAAAGGAAAAGGAUGGCCUCUUCCGAACGAUUCAAUCAAUGAUGAGCGAGGAUAGAGACCAUGUCUGUCUAGUUCUUCGCGAAAACGCCGACGUCGAAAUUCGUCAAUGUCUCACUGCGCGGGCCUUCACCUCCGUCCCACAAUCAUUUCCAGUAUUCCUUAGCCAGCGUCGGCGGUGGACGCUGGGGCCAAUAACAAGCGACGUUCUUCUCGCAGCCAGGAAAACGACUGGAUGGGUUGAAAGGUUAGCGGCAACAGCCUCAACAUUAGACAGUGGCGUUACAUUGUCCAUGCUUCUUUCUCGGUGGUUCCGAGAGGAUUUUGAUCCCCAAACGGGCAUGAUUUUCUUCGCCCUUGAUACAUUCCGUAACAUAUGGAACCUUUCAAUUGUUUUCAUGUCUCCGAGGUCAUUGAAAGAAGCUAUUCAAUAUUUAAUCGGCGUCGUUAUAUGUAACGCUUUAGGUCCUUAUGUGUGCAUGACAGUAGUGCUCUACUCUUUGUAUCACUUGGAUGAUUUCCGGUGGGGAAAAACCCGAAUUGUUAUUGAGGACGACAGCAAUCGCAAGCCGCAUUCAUAUUGUAUAACAAAUUCUCAGGUAGCGUAG